AUGCGAACCUGCGUCCUAACCGUUCUCGUAGCCUCGCUACUGCGGCCCUGCUUGGCUGAUGGCUCGACCACACCAUAUGUCAAUGCUGUUUACUAUGGCAACUGGUGUGCUCCUCUAUUUGGGUUUGAGGACGUGGCUAACAAUGUGUCCAGGGCGUCUCUUACGAGCGAACGCAACUUCCCGCCAUAUAAGGUGCCAGUUGCCAGCAUAACGCACUUGUUCUAUGCCUUUGCCGAACCCCAUGCAGAUGGGACAGUAACAGGCUCCAACCAGACGCUGGAUACUGAUACCAUUCUAGAUGGCGAAGUGGGGGAUGGCGCUUCGAAUAGUUUUCAUGGGUGCGUGAAGCAGUUGAGGGCCAUGAAACAGCAGAACCGUCAUCUCAAGGUUAUGCUCUCCAUCGGUGGAUGGGUCUUUUCCCAGCAGGGGCAUUUCGCAACGUUGGCCAGCAAUAAAACCAGCCGGGAUAAGUUCGUACAGAGUGCUAUUGGGCUCAUGAUACAAUGGGGGUUCGACGGCUUGGACGUAGUCUGGGAGUCUCCGAGAGACGCGACUGAAGGCCAAAACUAUCUUGAACUGCUGCGUGAAACUCGUGCGGGUCUAGAUAAGGAAUCAUCUAACCGCCGCCAUCAAUUCCUUCUAACUAUCGCCUCGUCCGCCAUCAAUUCGACGGCCGCAUUGCUUCCACUAGGAGAGAUGGCCGAGGUCCUCGACUUCUUCAACGUCAAGGCUUACGAUUUUGCGUUCGCGACAAUGACAGAAACCCUGGUUAGUGGACACCAAGCGAACUUGUUCCCAAACACCAGAGAUCCUCUGACGACCCCCUUCUCCAUCGUCACCUCAAUCACCGGUUAUACUCAAGCCGGUGUGCCGAGCUCCAAGAUCGUGCUCGGCAUGCCCAUAUUCGGCCGGUCCUACAACCAGACAGACGGCAUGGGCAAGACGUUCACCUCGCCGUGGGAAGGCUCAUGGCCAGGCGACCUCGGAGUCUGGGACUACAAGGCCCUGCCGAAGCCUGGGGCGCUAGAGACAUACGACAACCUUACAGUGGCCGUCUACAGCUACAACGCGAGUACCAAAGAGCUCAUCACUUACGAUAACGUCGCUUCCGUAAAGCGAAAGAUCGAGUUUGCGAUCCAGAAGAGACUGCGAGGGGCGAUGUUCUGGGAGGCGUCGGCGGAUGGCCUUGGGGAAAAGAGCCUGGUCCAGACAAGUGCCAAGGCAUUUGGGGACGAUAAGCUGGAUAAGUCAGACAACUGGCAACCGUGA